UGCCCCCUCUCUCUGUCUUUUCAAAUCUCGUGAACUGUUUUUCCCCCAAUUCUCCGAAUUCAGAUCUUCCCUCUUUCUAUCAGAUUCCUGAGCUGCGAAGAAGGAAUGACAAGCGAAGAAGAUGUUCGUAUUGCAAGGAUUUCUUCUGCAAUUCGGGUCAUCCCUGACUUCCCCAAACCAGGGAUCUUGUUUCAGGACAUUACGACAUUGCUCCUUGAUCCCAAGGCAUUUAGGGACACCAUUGAUUUGUUUGUCGAGAGAUACGAAAACAAAGGGAUCACCGUUGUUGCAGGAAUUGAAGCAAGAGGUUUUAUAUUCGGACCCCCUAUUGCCUUGGCUAUUGGAGCAAAAUUCGUCCCUAUGAGAAAACCAAAGAAGUUGCCUGGUGAGGUCAUUUCAGAAGAGUAUGCUUUGGAAUAUGGAACAGAUCGAAUGGAGAUGCAUGUUGGAGCUGUGCAGGAAGGAGAACGUGCCCUUGUUAUUGAUGAUCUCAUUGCAACUGGGGGGACCUUAUCUGCUGCAAUUAGGCUUCUAGAACGUGUUGGGGUCGAGGUGUUUGAGUGUGCCUGCGUGAUUGAAUUGCCAGAGCUAGAGGGUAGGAAAAGGCUAGGGGACAAGCCACUCUUUGUGCUCGUGAAAGCCGCCUGAUCAAAGUUCGAUUCAGCUUAAGUUGAUUUGGUUAGCCCAUAGUAGUUGCAAUUUUUUGGAGUUGUUUUAGCUGGGGAAAGCUCAGACAAAGGUCUCAAAUUCACUGAAGUCUCUCUUCUAUGGAGGUAAGAAGCUUUUGUAGUAAGGGCUUUUUUCUUUGGUUUGUUGGUUAUAUGAGACCUAGGAAUGAGUGAAAAUUAUUCAAAUUUGAUCUCUAUGACAAAAAUAAGGCCCUGUUUAACACUGAAUUUUCUUUACUUAAUGCGGAAUUUUGAAGUGCUCUGUUUA